UUUUGUAGGAGUGUUUACACAGCUGACGGUUGAGGAGAUGAACUCUUUGUAGCGGGUCUGAAAGCUGAAUUUAAAAGCAUGAAAAUCAGAAACUCAACAGUUGGAGUCGGACUGUAAUCCGUGAGUAUGUUUAAAAAGGAUCAAUAAUGGGUUUUAGCUGAUAGCCGGAGGUAUAAUCAGACUGUAAGGAGAUAAUAAGCUUUCUGACAUAUGAAUGUUCUGACAGAGGACGGAGGAUGGACCCCGCCUUUGAGCGGCACUGCUCGGAGCUUGUGGCCCGGGAAAGGAGCGGACACACGGCUGUGGUGCUGGACAGCCUGCUCUAUGUGUGGGGGGGCUACAUGUCGAUCGGAGAUGAGGAGGUUUUUAUUCCCAGAGAUGAGAUCUGGGUCUACGACUUGGAAGGAGGAAGAUGGCAGGUGUUUCACAUGACAGGGGACGUCCCUCCCUCCAUGUCUGGGACCUGUGGCUGCUGCUUGAACGGAAACAUGUACAUAUUUGGAGGAUGUGACGACAGCGGACAGACCAAUCAGAUGUUCUGUGUGGACCUGACAGACGGUAAAUAUGUGUGGAAGAAGAUCCUCCCACUGUUGGGUUCCGCUCCGUCACCUCGAGACAAACUGUCCUGCUGGGUUUAUGAUGGAAAGAUCAUCUACUUUGGAGGAUAUGGCCAUAAAGUUCUGGCUGAUAUCAGCAACAGGAACAGGAAUUUUAUCCUUGAUGAACCAUCCUGGGUGGAGAAUUUGUUCUGGGGAUGGAACAAUGAAGUUCAUAUAUUUGACCCUGUUCAACGCUGCUGGACUGAACCCCAAACUCACGGCCGUCCACCCGCCCCGAGGGCAGCCCACGCCAGCACCGCGCUUGGAUCCAGAGGAUACAUUUUUGGAGGCAGAGUCGUGGAAACCAGGACAAAUGACAUCCACUGUCUAGAUUUUGAAUCGUGGACGUGGACAGAAAUAGUUCCUUUAUCCAGUUCUCCAGUGGGCAGAUCAUGGCACACACUGACAGCUGUGUCAGAGACCAGCUUUUUUCUGUUUGGAGGUCUCAGUAAUGACUGCAAGCCAAUGAGUGAUGGCUGGCUCUUUGACACUGAAACUAAGAAAUGGAGAGAGUUUGAACAUCCCUAUAAGAACAAGCCAAGGUUGUGGCACACAGCAUGUUCCAGCAAAGAUUCAGACGUGGUUGUGUUUGGUGGAAGCUGCGACUACAUCCUGCUUGUAGACUCUGGACAUUGUAACGACGCACUUGUUUUCCAGAUCGAGCCUCAUCCUCUGUUCAGGAUUUGUGAAGAUUACAUUGCAAAGAAUGUGCGAACCUUGGAGAGGCUCAGGAAUCAGCUUCCCUGUCUUCCUUCCAAAGUUCUCCAGGCCGUGCAGAGGAGGAUUGCUUUCUACAGCCCUUAAAAGAAACAAAAUAACAGUCAAAACCCUGUGUAAAAACAUGCCAAAUGGCCUCUAUAUACCCUAAAGAGUGAUCAUAUUUUAAUUUAAGAACAUUGUGCAGAACAUUUUACACAGUCUGGAUUGUCUUAAAGAAAUACAUUUUAUUUUAUUUUAGUUCUGUGAAUGUGAUGGCUGUUUAUUAAAUAAGCUAUGCGAACAUC